AGGUGCAUAAUCUGCGCAUAGCAAGCCGCUGACGCACUCGAACUCAUCCCCGCCAGGACCUAUUGACCGGAUACCCGUAUUCACAAUGCUCGCACUCCUGCCUCUCCUUACCCUCCCCUUCCUCACCGUCACAACCCACGCUCAAUCCAAUAAUGGAUUCGAGGGCAUCGGCGCCCUGAUGGUAGUCCGUUUUUCCGGCGACAUUCGAACCACCGAUCCCAAAGACACCAUCGGCUGCAUCUCGCCCGAAGGCCGCUUCCAAAGCAUUUACUGGGGGUGCGGCUUUUUCACCUUCAGCGGUAAAACGGGCGAUCCUUUGAAAUCGUACACGGACAGCUCGAAGACGUGUAGCUUCUUGGACCAAACGAGCGAGCCCGGGAGACCGGCGAGUUCAGUCUUUUAUGCGUUGAAGUGCGGGAACGGGCCGACCAAUGGCCAACCGGAGAGCUGGUAUUCGCUCCCGGAAGGGGGGGAACCUUGGGUUUGGUGGGGAAACUUGAACUACCAGUAUAAAGUGAGGGAAAUCCCGGAGCCGGCAAAGGAUGUCGGGUUGUGGCCCCAGAAUGGGGCGCCUGAAGACGCGAAUGUGACGGUUUUGCUGCACUGGACUAGGCUGGAUGGUCACUAGGGGCCUUUGGCUGAUGGAUGAUCGCUGCACAUCCAAUGACGGGAAAAGAAUGUGACUACAUGACUACAUAAUUCCAAUAGUAUGCUCGCUAGGUGUAAUGCUGCU